AUGAAGUUGAUCCUCUCCACCUCGAACCUGAUGCAAGGCGGCCGGCCGUCUGUCAUUCGUCUGCCACUGACACAAAAGUCCAACGUGGAACUGAUCAACUCCUUGCGCUCGAAUUUCCUUGCAUCGCAGCACAUUGCACCACUCACCAACGGGUCUGCCCAGACCAACGGGAACGGAGUCUCUAACGGCCAUACAAACGGAUCGCAUUCUACAAAGGACUACGGAUAUUGGACAGGAGAACAGAACGGAUCACUCUAUAUCCCUGCAAUCGACUUCUCACAGCCUGGAUUGGCCGAGGAGCGAUCUCAAUACGAUAUCACAGUGAAACUGUUCUAUCUACCAGGCGUCCCGGCUUCUCGGCGAUGUGCACACACAAAGGAGGCGAUUGAUUUGGUAUUGAAAGAGCUACACGUGGAGUCUAUCGAUCUGCUGAUUGUGUCCUUCCCGGGUAUCCUCUUCGACGCGGACGAUGACAGCGACGACGAGGAGGAUGCUGGGGUCACCGGCGAACCUGAUGAUUUCGAUAGUAUGGUGCAAACUUGGCGGACUCUCGAAGAGCUGCAUGAGCAGGGCAUGAUUUCCCAGCUGGGUGUGGCGGAAUUUGGCAGCGAACGAUUGGCACGUUUCUUAUCGCAUACCAAGGUGAAGCCUUCUGUCGACCAGAUCAAUCUCAAGGAUUGUUGUGUGGUUCCCAAAUCCUUGAUUCUGUAUGCCAAGCAAGAGCAGAUUCAGCUCCUCACCCAUAAUGACUGCAAUGAUAUUCUCCCGGUGGGUAUGACGCGAGAGCUUCUGGGCCCAACGGACAAGGGCGCGGGCAUCCUGGCGUCUGCCCCCGAUGCGAACGACGGUAUCCAGGGAGAUGUUGAGCCACAGUGGGUGGUGAAGUAUACGGCAGUGGUGAAGGAUCGCGGAGUGGUUGAGAACAAGGGGUAUUUCGCUUUGGCAGAUGUUGGUACAUGCGUCGAGUUGCGGCCAUGA